AGAGCCUCCCGGCGUGGCCCAAUGGUUCACCAAUCACCACUCUCUCUUCUCCCCGCUCGAGGUUCGACGACAUGGACCGGCAACCGGCGCUCACCAAGCUCGGCUUCGCCGUCCUGGGCUGCAACUCUGUGCUCGCCGUCUACAACUCCUGGGGCCACCCGGACUCCGUCGCCUUCGUGCUCGGCGCCGACGCCGCACUCGCGCUGCUCUUCCUCUGCCUCUGUCAGUUCGAGCGGGACCGAGGCGGCGCCGGCGCCCGCGGGAGAAGGGUGAUCAAGGCCGCCGUGUGGGCUCUCACGACGCUGCUCACGCUAAUGUUCGCGUCCAGGGUCGCGCCGCUGAUGCCGCCGGUCGUGGCAGCGGCGGUGUGGACGAUGGCGGUGGCGACUGCGACAGCCGGCUUCUGGGCUUUUUUUCUUAAUUAAAUCCCUGAGGAGGAGUCGCCAUCUGAGAGAAGAUCAGGUGCUCCGAAUGUAUCUGGUGCUCCCGAUGGAUGCGAGCCGUCGGAUGCAUCGUGGACGCACCAGAUGCACCCACGGCUGGUGAUGAUGUUGGACGGCGGGCACAAUUUCUUUAAAGUGAAGGGGCUAAAAUGCAAAUAUGUUUCACUAGCCGUGGGUGCGUCUGGUGCGUCCGCGAUGCAUCCGACGGCUCGCAUUUUUCGGGUGCACGGGAGCACCAGAUGCCCCCGGAGCACCCGAUCUUCUCUCGUCGCCAUCUUGCACUCCACAGCACAGGGUUCCUGCAACCCGUUCAGUUACUCUAUAUAAUUAUGUUGUUUUAUUAGGCUAGUUUAUUUUUUUAGCACUCAGAGUUUAUAUAUUUGUUCCAUCAGCUACUCUGUAUCCACGAUCGACGUCAAACCACUUUAUUCCUUGGAUACUAUAUAAAAUUUGUGCUUUUUUUUUUUUGCUGUGGCCGGAUUUCACAGAGGAAAUAUGUCGAAUUUCUCGCCCCAGGAUUUGACUACGAGAUACAUACUCAACUUUAUCUCCAGCGGACCUCCAAUCACCUCUAUUAUAUGACAAGCUUUAGAGUUAGGAGUUCCGAGCAGGGGUUUGGGGGUUUGAAGGUAACUUGUGAUAACUGAACAUAAAGGGACGUCGAGAGAAGUCACCGGUCGCCGUGGUGAAGGUGGGUAU